UGGCCUUAUAAAACUUUUACUUCUUCUUCGUACUCCAUAACAUUUCCUGCUAAGUAUAUAACUCGACAAAGCUAUUUUGCUUUGUUUGACCUUUCCCCCCUCCUUCCUCCAUCUCUGUUAUUUCACCCAGACCCAAACCCAACAUUCACAAUGCAAAUUGCACAUAAUUUCAGAUUCGGGAAGUUGCUGCCGGCGGUGCUUCUUCUGUCAAUGUUAGUGCUCACCAUCUCUGCAACACAGAAUAACACGGUGGCGGCGGUGGACGUGGCGAAGAAACUUCCGUCAUCUCCGGCCACACUACCACCGCAAAAUCAAACGCAGGAAUUUUCAUCAAGCAAGCGGAAAGUUAUGUAUAAAGGCAAGCCUAACCCUCUUCACAACCGAUGAACCCGCCGGCCGGCCGGCCGGCCAACAGAUGAAACAGGGAUGUCUUUUGCUCUACCUGCCGGUCAGCCGAUCCAUCAAUGGUUAGACUAUGAAUUUUUGUUCGAUCUGGAAAAUAUACAUUGUUCAUUUAAUUCUCAGUUGGGAAGUGAUCAUCCAGUUCCAGUUGCGUUCGGCGGAAUUAGAUUAGCUUGAGGAAACAGAUGAAAUUAUUACCUAGCUCUGUGAAUACGAUCGAUCCAUCUGUGUAUGAUUCUUUUUUGGGAAAAGAUUAUUUGCUAAUCCGUACAGGUUUCUUAAUUUCUAAGGUUGAAUGAUGAAUAUUGAUGAUGAAUAUUAAAGGUUCUGG